UCUAACACCUAGGCUUUGAUAAAGGCAGCACCGGUCCGCUGUUUGUUCAAACCACCCAGAGCAUCUCUAUCAUCAUUAACAUCUGGUCAUCAUGAAGGCUGCCAACAUCCUCCUGCUCUGCAUGCUGGGAGCCGCUCUGCUGUCCACGGUCCUCUGCAACAGUGCAAGUGGUCCCGACAACUGCUGCUUUGAAUUCUACAGAAACCGGUUGAGCAAAAAGAAAAUCUCUUCAUAUUACAGGACUGAUUCUCGCUGUUCCACAAGUGCUUUUGUCUUAAUAACAUUCAGGGCACGCCACAUCUGUGUGGACUCAAAUGAAGAGUGGGUGAAGAAUAUAGUUAAGAAUCUGGAGAUGCAGUCCCUGUAAAGCAUCUGCCUGCUGUUCUGCUUUAUCAGACCAUGUGAAGAACAAAGUGAACUGGCAAUGUGGUCAUGAUUUUGGUAUUAAAGCUUUUCUAUUUCAAGUUAAGAUUUUUGCUUUGAAUAUACCAUAGUUUGUUUUUCAAAAAAUUUAUUUUAAGAUCUAUCAAUAAUGUCUGGAAUGUUAAUUGUAGUCUGUAUUAUAAUCCCACUGUAAUGUGACGUUUCUUGCUUGUCAGUUGUCACGUUUUCAUCAUGUAAAGCACUUUAAAUUGCCUUGUUGCUAAAUUUAAAGACUGUGCUAUAAAAAUAAACUAUAAAA